GCCAGAGCCGACCAAAUGGCCAGCGUAAGCGAAAUGUUGUGCACUAACUGGCUGCUGGCAGCGCUGUGGCAGCUGUGCUUCUGGCCAAGCAUAUUGGCCUUUGACUACUGUGAUCCUGUGCUGUGUCCGGGGCCCGAGAAGCACAUUGCCUGCCACAAUUUUGGCGAGCUGGCGGAGAGCUGCAGUCCAGAUGCACAUGUGGUGCGCAUUACCAAAGCUAGGCGCAACAUGAUUCUCAACGAGCUGAACGAAUAUCGCGAUCGGAUUGCGCGCGGAGAUCUGAUGGGCUUCAAUCCGGCCACGCGCAUGGCCACGCUCCAAUGGGAUCCGGAGCUGGCCAGCUUUGCGGAGCUGAAUGUGAAGCGCUGCGCUCUGGUUAAUGAUCAUUGCCGCAACAGCGAUCAGUUUCGCAAUGUCGCCCAGGUUGUGGCCGAGGGCGGCUGGCAAGGUACGCCAAGUGGUGGCGCAAAUGCUGGCACCACAGAUACACCCGUUGAAUACCACACCGAGGACGAGGUGAUUAAGGCCACCUUGGAGCAAAUGUUUGCCGAGUACAAGGAGUGCAGCAUGCGCGAUAUUAUUGCAUACAGUCCGCCCACUAACAGAAUUUUGCAUUUACGGGUUAGCAAGUGCAUUGCGUACUUCACACAACUGGUACGGGACAGCACCACCCAUGUGGGCUGCGGCAUACUCCGGCAGACGCGCAACACCAGCAACAAUGCCGGCCAAUCGCUGGUCAGCACGCAUCAGUAUAUGACCUGCAACUUUGUCCGGGGCAACGAUGUGAAUGCCCCUGUUUAUAAGAGCGGCGAUAGGCCGGCAACGGAAUGCCGCACCGGACGCAAUCCGGCCUUCAUCAAUCUGUGCUCCAUCAACGAGAUCUAUGACAGCAGUGGUAUAGUCGGCUUCAGUUUCUACUAAGUGUCUUUAAUAUGGUAAAAAUCAAAUACAAUUGAAAUGCGCCAUGAAUAAUAAACCUUGAUUUACUGCA